GGCUGCGACGGGGCGGGCCGUGCUCGGGGCUCCCCCGGCCGCUCGGAGGCGGGCUGAGGCGGCGGAAAGUUUGCGGAGUGGCUGGCGGCCGGCGGUGCUGUGGCCCCCUGCCGCUGUCUCCCUUUACUUUUCUCCUACAUCCCCCUCUCCCACCGCCUUCCCCCUUUGGCGGCGGCUCUGGGGCAUGAGCGGGAGCUGCCACCCGCGCUGAGAGGCGGGAGGUCUCGCCGCGCCCGGGUCUGUCAGUGCGGGAACCCCAGGGACGGGAGCGCGGGCAGCGGCUCUGAGCCCGCCAUGCCCCGCCAACUCCGCGGGGUGUUCGCUGCGCUCCUCCUGUUGCUGCUGCUUCUACUGGGGGACCACGCCGCCGCCCGCUGCCCCGCGCCCUGCCGCUGCGCCGGUCACCUCGUCGCCUGCAGCCGCCUGGAGCUGGGAGGGCUGCCCGAGCGGUUGCCGCGAUGGGCGGUGCAACUGGACUUAAGUCACAACAAAUUAUCUUCAAUCAAGACCAGUCUCUUGGAUCACCUUCAUAGUCUUCAGGAAGUGAAGUUGAACAACAAUGAACUGGAGAUCAUUCCAGAUCUGGGACGAGUCUCUGCAAAUAUAACGGUUUUGUCUCUGACCAGCAACAAGAUUGCCAACAUCUUGUCUGAACACUUGAAGCCAUUUCAGAGUCUAGAAACUUUGGACUUGAGCAACAAUAACAUAUCAGAGCUAAAAAUAUCAUCAUUUCCAUCGUUACAGCUCAAGUAUCUGUACAUUAACAGUAACCGAAUAACCUCCAUGGAGCCUGGUACCUUUGACAAUUUGUCUACUACACUUCAAGUAUUGAAACUGAACAGGAACAAAAUUUCAGCAAUCCCUCAAAAGAUGUUUAAACUCUCCCAUCUGCAGCACCUGGAGUUGAAUCGCAACAAAAUUAAAAAAAUAGAUGGGCUUACUUUCCAAGGACUUCCAGCAUUGAAAUCGUUAAAACUGCAGAGAAAUGGGGUUACUAGGCUCAUGGAUGGCGCUUUCUGGGGAUUGACCAACAUGGAAGUCUUGCAGCUGGACCAUAAUAACCUAACAGAGAUAACCAAAGGCUGGCUUUAUGGCUUGCUGAUGCUGCAGCAACUCCAUCUCAGCCAAAAUGCCAUCAGCAGGAUCAGUCCUGAUGCCUGGGAAUUUUGCCAAAAACUCAGUGAGCUAGAUUUGAUGUUCAAUCACUUAUCAAGGUUAGAUGAUUCAAGCUUCGUUGGUUUAAGUGUGCUGGUUGGACUGUACAUUGGAAACAACAAAGUAAAUUACAUUGCUGAUUGUGCCUUCAGGGGACUUUCCAGUCUACAGACUUUGGAUCUGAAAAACAAUGAAAUAUCAUGGACUAUUGAAGAUAUGAAUGGUGCCUUCUCUGGCCUAGAUAAACUUAGGAAGCUGGUACUCCAAGGAAACAGGAUUAGAUCCAUUACAAAGAAAGCAUUUUCUGGUUUGGAUGCGCUUGAACACCUAGAUCUAAGUAACAAUGCAAUUAUGUCAGUUCAAGGAAAUGCAUUUUCACAAAUGAAGAAACUCAAAGAAUUGCACUUGAACACAUCGAGUCUCUUGUGUGACUGCCAGUUAAAAUGGCUACCACAGUGGAUGUCAGAGAACAACUUUCAGAGCUUUGUAAAUGCCAGUUGUGCCCAUCCUCAGUUGCUAAAAGGGAGAAGUAUUUUUACUGUCAGCCUGGAUGGGUUUGUCUGUGAUGACUUUCCUAAACCACAGAUCACUGUCCAGCCAGAAACCCAGUCGGCAAUCAAAGGCUCCAAUUUGAGUUUUGUAUGUUCAGCAGCCAGCAGCAGUGAUUCCCCAAUGACUUUUGCAUGGAAGAAGGACAAUGAAUUACUACAAGAUGCUGAAAUGGAGAAUUAUGCACACCUCCGGGCACAGGGUGGUGAAGUGAUGGAAUACACUACCAUCCUUCGACUGCGCAAUGUUGAAUUUAGUAAUGAAGGGAAAUACCAGUGUGUUAUUUCAAAUCAUUUUGGUUCAUCCUACUCUGUCAAAGCCAAACUUACAGUAAACAUGCUGCCUUCAUUUACGAAGAUCCCCAUGGACUUAACCAUUCGUGCUGGGGCAAUGGCACGUUUGGAAUGUGCUGCAGUUGGGCAUCCUGUCCCACAGAUUGCUUGGCAGAAAGAUGGUGGAACAGAUUUUCCUGCGGCACGCAAGAGGCGCAUGCAUGUCAUGCCUGAAGAUGAUGUAUUCUUUAUUGUUGAUGUCAAGAUUGAGGACACAGGUGUUUAUAGCUGUACAGCUCAAAACACUGCUGGAAGCAUUUCAGCUAAUGCAACAUUAACAGUACUAGAAACUCCAUCAUUUUUGCGGCCUUUGCUGGAUCGAACUGUAACAAAAGGUGAAACUGCAGUUUUGCAGUGUAUUGCUGGGGGUAGCCCUCCACCCCGAUUGAACUGGACUAAGGAUGACAGCCCUCUUGUGGUAACAGAAAGACAUUUCUUUGCUGCGGGCAAUCAGUUGCUAAUUAUUGUGGAUACAGAUGUAGAAGAUGCUGGGAAAUAUACUUGUGAAAUGUCUAAUACGCUUGGAACGGAACGAGGCAACAUCCGCCUUAAUGUAAUUCCUACUCCCACCUGUGAUUCUCCUCAAAACAUUGCCCCAUCACUUGAUGAUGAUGGAUGGGCCACAGUGGGCAUUGUGAUCAUAGCUGUGGUUUGCUGUGUGGUGGGCACUUCCUUGGUGUGGGUGGUCAUCAUCUACCACACCAGACGGAGAAAUGAAGAUUGCAGCAUCACAAAUACAGAUGAAACAAAUUUGCCUGCUGACAUUCCAAGUUACCUGUCAUCCCAGGGAACACUGGCCGAAAGGCAAGACGGAUAUGGUUCAUCUGAAAAUAGCAGUCAUCAUCAGUUCCUCACGUCUUCUGUGGGAGGAUAUUUCUUGCAGCAGAGGGACAGUAAUGGCAUUUGCCACCUGGAUAAUGGCAGUGAAACAGACUUGGAGGGUGUUGCAGAUCCGUUCCUAUGCCACUAUCUGGGGACUUCAGGGACCUUGUAUUUAAAAGGAAACACAUACGGCUCUGAGGCCUUUGAAGCAUACAGUGCAAGUUGCAGCCCUGACCAAAGAACAGCAUGCCUGGACCCUUAUGAGUCUGGAUAUUUAAAGAAAAAGGAAUGCUAUCAAUACUCACCUCCCCUGGAAGAUCCCUUUGACCAGUGUGUUGGCAUUAUUGGGAUGCAAGCUACAAGUAGCAGAUUGAUUAACUCCAUUUAUACUCAAAAUGAAGGAACUGGACUAAAAAGCAGAAGUCUGAACUCAGACACAUUUGAUUUCAACAGAAGUUUGGAACCCUCAUCUAUUAUCAGUAACAGCACUUUCAUGGACAGGAUUCAUUUGUAGCUUUGGUGCUGUGAGGAACAUAUUUUCAUACUGUGUCAGGAGCCAAGCUGCUCUGUAAAUCCUUGAUGCAAAUAUGGACUUUGUCCAAAUUCUGUCCAAGUCCAUUUUUAGUAACUUCUCAAAUUAGUUUUACUUGAAAUCUUUGCUUCUAGCAACUAAGCAAAACUAGAAUUACCGCUUUUUGGGUGUAAAAUUUAUUAACAACUGUAGUGUUAAGGUAUUAAAUAAAAUCAGAGUUCUUCAAAAUCAGCCUGUACCACAUUGUCUUCUGAAAACAAGUCUUUUGAGGGUCAUUUACAGACACUAUGACUUGUGACAGCCAUAUCUUUCUUCAUUGAAAAAAGAGAAGGCCCUUCAUACAGAGGUGUUGACACUCACACCUUCCCAGUGGUAAAGAGUGACAGGCACUCUAAUUAUUUUCUGGCUAGUGAAUCCAUAUCAUUAUUAAUAAAGGUUCAACUGAUAUGCCAGUUUUUCUUUGAGCUACAUCUGUUCUAGCCAGUUAUGGGCAAAGAGAUGAUGAACAGGUGUGAACGGAGAUUUUGACUGGUGGGACUUUUUAUUAUUAAUGGGAGAUGCUAGCCAUUAAAAGAUGGUUGUAGCAUUCGUGUUGCACAGUGGGAGGAUGUUGUAUAAUCCUACACAUGUUGAGGUUAUAUUUUUUUAAUAUAUCUUUUUAUUUUUGCUGAACUGCAUGGCAGAUUUCAUGUGCCAUUUAUUCACUGAAGAACAAAACAGGGAGACUGUUGUGACUUUUGCAUUAAAAAGUGCCUUGUGAUAGAUAUGUGUGCAGUUUGGUUGGUGUGCUCACCUUCUAUCUCACCACCCUUCCCAAAGACAAAUGGGAAUGGAAUAGUCAUGAAAACAACUGUAAUAAAGUUAUGAGUGGCUAUACAUUUACUUUGGAAAUGUUUUUAAUGUCUCAGGUGUCAUAACCUUGCCAUAUGCUUGUGAUUCCAUGGAUGUUUUCUUUUAA